UUACGUAUCUCUUAGUCUAUAUAUAUGCCCUAAUGUAUGUGUUACUCAUACCAAAAACAUAAACGUAAGGUACAAAUGGAAGAGGUAAUGUCAAUUAUCUUCCGUGGAUUGAAACUUGUUGAUGAGCUUAAGUCAAGCUUGCAGGAAAAGUCACCGGAAGCUCUGUCCACCUAUCUUGACGAGAUCACAAAGACAUUUUGUGAUGCAAAAGAGCGGUUGAAGAUAGUCCUUGUGAUCAGGAACUCGGAGACCGCAAUGAACCAACUUAAACCGGCGAUUGCGGCUUGCUCAGACCAGAUGCUAAUGCAGAUUGAACCGGGUCUGAUGCAGGAGUAUUGGUUAAGGUAUGGCGGGUCCACGUCAUCUCAGGGAACUGAAGCCGUGACUCAAAGGCAGCUCAUGGCUGUUAAGGGUGACGGCGGACGAAAUUUGAUGGCUACGGAAAGAUCCGGUGGCUCAGGUAGCGGUUCAUCCACGCCAAGGCAACGUAGAAGGAAAAACGAAGGAGAAGAACAAACGGUGUUGGUGGCGGCGUUAAGGUCAGGAAAUACAGAUCUACCACCUGACGAUAACCAUACUUGGCGUAAAUAUGGUCAAAAGGAAAUUCUUGGUUCUACGUAUACUAGGGCGUACUAUAGAUGCACCCACCAAAAGUUAUACAAUUGUCCAGCCAAGAAGCAAGUCCAACGCCUCAACGAUGAUCCCUUCACCUUCCGAGUCACUUACCGUGGCUCACACACUUGCCACAUCUACUCAACCGCUCCCACCAUAUCUACCGCUGCCCCCACCGCUCCAAUUGCAACUACUGCCACAACUAGCCAUCCCGUUGACUAUGGUCCGUUCUUCGACAUGGCCGAAGCUAUGAUGUUCGGUAGCAGCGGGAGUGGAGCCAACAUGGAUUUCAUUUUUCCUUGCAAUGAUCCACCUCCUCAUAAUCACUUUUACCGGAGGCCAGAAGACGGCGACGGAGACAAAUAGGAUUCACAUAUCUACAGAGAAAGGAGUACAUGUUUAUGUUCAAGAAAAAAAAUGAACAUGUUUGAUUUAAUUUAUUAAUUAUUCAAGUUUUGCAUAUUACACGUGAUUCUGGUUUGGGAUCUGAUGGGAAACCAAUUCUUUUAAACUAGUUCGCUUUUACGAAAUUGAAAGUGUUCUGUUACUAAGGGUUGUUUCAACCCUGUAUUUAUUUAAAUUGUUUCCAUAGCUUUCUUCUCAUUCUCAAUAUAAAUAUUCAAACUAGCA